AUGCUGGAAUCUCGCAGUAGCUGUAACGAGCUGGACCUUGCGUACAUGCCGUACCAUGAAGGUCUGGUGAAUAACAACGCGCCACCUGCGCGUAGCAAUCUUUCGAUCCACAAGCCAACGCAGCAGUAUUCCCAACAGUCUCCGUAUUACGAGGAUAGUGACGACGACGUAUCGGACGAUCCGGUUUGGAUGAUGGCUCCAAGUGACAGUCUGCAGCCAGCGUUUCCAUCCAGUCUUAUGAAGAAGUCCUCGACCAUUUCGGUUACAGACACGCAGCAUCUAUCUUCGGAGAGAACGAAUUUGGCUCUAGCUACAGACUCUCGUAAAGACAUUAGUAGUAACGACAACGGCUAUCGUGACAGCAUGAUGCGCUACCGACCUAGUGACGUCAAGCUUCAUGAGAUGAAUAUGAUGAUGUCACGUGACAGCUUGGCCCCGGAAAAUUUUCAAAGCAGCUACAACAACAUGAAGCACGAGGGCACUAGCACGGAUGAUCAGCUCGGACACCACCGGAGCAGUAAUAUGUUUGACAGCAGUCGCGGCAUUUCGAAGACCAGCAGUUCGGAUCUAUUAAGUGGCUCUGUCAUGCACUUCGGUCUGCGUGUGGCGGACGAGGGAUUAUCUGACUUUCUGCGGGCUGCAAAAACGGGCAACCUCGAAGUGCUUCGAAAUCAUCUAGAAGACCAAACAACAAGUUUCAUAGAACGCGACCCCGUCCAUGGUCAGACAGCUUUGCAUAUUGCCGUGCGAUUUGGCCAAUUUCUCGCGGUCAAGUUACUGUGCGCUAAGCGAACUCGUGGACUGCUAAUUGAUGCCGUAGACAACCGGAGGAACACACCACUACACCUAGCGGCAGCCAAGUCGCGCCGGAUCACCAAAUUUCUUCUAGAAAGUGGCGCCAGCACCUCGUGCGUGAAUAAUCGUAACCAAACGCCACUGGCCGUGCAUCUGCUCACAACCAAGCGUGACGACCCGUUGAUUGCAGAGAUGCUACUGCAGCACAAUACGGAUCCAAACAGCCCGCUUGGAAACGGUACACUGCUGCACAAGGCAUUGGAGCUUCAAUGUUUUGAAAUUGGCUAUCGACUCGUACGAUAUGGUGCUCGUCUGGAUGCAAAAGAUGCAGACGGUUGCAUGGUGUUUGAUAAGGUGGAUUGCAAAGUAUUGCGUCAGCUUCUUGGCAAAAUUGCGUUUCCACCCGUGUGGGUUCCAGAUUCAGAACGCAAGAACUGUAUGAUCUGUUUGCGCGACUUCAAUCGUCUUGGUGUUGGUGUACGUCGUCACCACUGUCGCCACUGUGGACGUCUCAUCUGUGGUCGCUGCUCCCAUGUAUCGGUUGAGAGCGAGGCGUUUCCAUCGACAUUUGUUGGUCACAUCGAUCGCAAUCCAUCGGAUGAACGGUCGAACUUAAAACGCGUGUGCAAAACUUGUAGCAACGUGUUUGAUGAGCGGGCAAAGCUGGCGAAGCAGAGCUCGUCGGACCGUACUGGACUAUGGUCGUCUGCGUUUAUGGGUCGAGUUGUCGGCUGCUCUUGGGACGAAGCUGAGGGCAAGAGAACCAGCUGCAUUGUUGGACGCAGUUCUUUUGUUCCAUAG